CUCCUACACUCGACUUCAACAACUCACAAGUUCUGGUCCUGGAUAAUUAUUUGACUAGUCGACGACCUCGACUGUACUCAUUGAUCCGAACUCUUUCCGCCUCGUUAAAUAAAGAACCACGAGGUGGGCGACAUGGCAAAAAAGACUUCAAUCGUUACCACAGCUGGGCCAUCAAAGACGUCAUCAGCUUCACAAGCUCCUUUACCUCAGCAAACACCAGCCAAAGCCAAGAAGAAGGGAAACCGAGUAUCGGCAGAACCUGCAAAGCCUAAAAAGGCUACUCCCAAGAAGGCAACACAGGCAAACAUCCCUCAAGGUCCACCGCAGCACAAUGUAUCCAAGCCGGCAGCACCAGCUGCUAAAGUAGAAGCUCAGACAAAAACGCAGAAUGCAGUAAUAACAAAUUCGUCUAGCCAAAACGAGAACGACACGGAGGACUCUCGUAUUGGAACUCACUCUGAAGCGACAACAUCGUCUUCACAUAAAGGGAAAGCACGAGUGUCAGAACCAGUGGAUACUGCUCCUGUACCCCUAGAGGUAUUGAAUUUCAAGGCUGGUCCUAUCGUUAGAACGGCAUCUCACUAUGAAAUUGAAACUUUCCGGUUGGCAGCAGCAACGCCUGUCCCGAUAUCGACUAAUGUUGAGAGACAAUUCUUUGAGUCGGCGCUCCUACUAUAUGUCCUCGAAAAUAUCAGAGGAGAGCACAAGAAGCGACAAAACUAUCAUGGAGAGCUGGAUCAAGACGAGACUGAGCUUCGCAGGUCGUUUGUAGAUAAGCUUGCCUACAUAUGUGAUUUCAGAAAAGGCGGAUCUACGGUCACAGCUUUGGCGCUCCAGAGAACUAACCAAGGCGUCGUGUUCUGGCUUGCUGCCAAUGAAACGGUUAAGGAAAAGGUUAUUCUGUUUUUGAGGAAGGUUCUUGAGCAUUUAAAGAAGGUCGAACUCGGAGUGUCCAAGAAAACAACUGAAACACAGCUACUGGCGUUAAUUAUUCCAUUCAAUAAGGAGAGGAUUGAUUACUAUUGGAAUGCUCUAUCAAGAGAUUUGUCUCUUUGUAUCGAGCGCCUGGAAGCACUUGAAGGAUCUACCAAUGGCAAGCCAACUCAACGGGAAAUAAAGGUGCUCAAAAAUGUGCUUAGUGGCCUACCACAUAUAUCAAAGGACAGAGUGGAGUUGGUCAAAGAAUGCUUUGAGGCACGGAGAGGCUUGGUGUUCGAAACUUUGAGUCAACUGAGCGCAAGCGGAAAGUCCCAUGGCAGAUUCUUUGACGAUGUCCGUCAUUUGCUUGGAAGACUUGGCGAGCAUCAAAAAGCCACAAAAACGAUCGUUUCGGCUGCUCUAAGAUUCCCUGAUAUUCUAGACGAUUUUCAAAUCGAGGUUCGUGUGUCGCCUCCUUCAAGGUGCUAUUUUCAAUCUUCGGAUUCUAUCAUAUUGGACGGCUUGGCCAGCAGAAUCUUUACAAAGCAAGAAGACAUAGUCCAUUAUCAGGAAGCACUCGAAAUGUUGGAGCGAACGUCCAAUGGUGAUCUGUUCCGUCGUAUGCAGCAAGAAUGCAGUUUCAAAACGCGAAUUCAUGCCGAGUUACUCCUUGCAGAUCUGUUUUACUGGCACCCGUUCGAUUUUCUAGGAGAUGAUCCAUACAUUGGAUGCAGUAAACCUGCCUGCUUUAAUUGCUACCAGUACCUUCUCAAUCAUCCGGGAAACUUUGUUCUACCAGCUCGCCACAACAAAUUGUAUCUAGCCUGGCGAACGCCUGAUAUCCUUGAGGAUCAUGUGCCGGUUGCGGUAGCCAGCAAGAUCCGGGAAUCAACCACGAGUAAAAUGAGCUUAAACAUUCGAAUGGAGCUGAGGAAACAAAUCGAUGGUAGAUAUGCGAAGAAGGCGGCUCAGUAUGAUUCAGUCACGGGCACAAGCUCGUCCAUUCAGAUUGGAUUGGUCCAAGCAACCACUGAUACGUUGGAGGACGAUGAUGAUGAUGGAUCAGACUACGACUCAGCUCAAGAAGAUUUGCCGCGGAGAGACGAGACACCUUCUCAUCAUUCGAGUAACAGCACGUUAGAAAUAGAUGACUCGGACGACGAUUUGAGUUGGUAUCAUUCUAGAGUUAAGAAGAUCCAGUUGAUCUGAAGCGCAGUUACCACGAAAUCCGCCGGUAGUCUAGAAUUACUGCAAGUCUUACCGGUGUAAAGUCUCAUAUACCAACAGUAGCUUAGAGCCCAGGAAACCUGCCCGUCGCAGUCACAGGCUCUUCCCUUGUUCACGCUCAACGGAAUACGAUUCUGUCCCGGGUUAGUCUCGGGAUUCGUCGGUUCUUUGUCUCCCAAUUCGUCUUGAAUCUUCCACCCCCUCACCAGCUCGCGAAGUCCCACUCGUAUAUGUGUCCGCGCGAGUUGCAAAGCUGCGUAUGUAGUUGAAGGAAGAGAGAGCAAUAGUAGAUAGACAAAGGAAAAUCUUUCCGCCGAUGUACUUUAAUGGGCCGGAAGCGGUCCAUACAGAGUCCCAUUGUAUGAGAGAGAAGUGAAAGACAGAAAGUCAUAUUCCUGUUGACAGGAAGAUAAUGGCUCAAGGCAAAGUAAAGAUACGGAUUGGCCUAAGAGUGAAAGUACUGCAAGUAUCUGAAGUUGAUAAUGCUACAAAAAGAAAUAUAUCGGAAUAAAAAUUGGGAAG